UCUCUUUUUUUCUUUACCCUUUUUUUUUUCUACACUAUAGUUUUUCCAAUUGAUCAAACAAACAAACAAAACCUAUUAUAGAGAGAACAUCUCUAUUUCUUUUGUGGAUGAAUUAAUAUACAAACCAACAACUCUUCUCUUAUGUAUUUAUUUCCUCUGAAAUCUCUUCACAUUUACUUAUGCAUGACUUGACCAACAAUCUUUCCUUGGGUGUGAAGAUGUCUCUAAUAAAGACUAUGAUUCACACUCAACGAUUGGAACUUAUACGACAAGCAAUCACUCACAAUGAUUUUACUACUUUACAAAAGAUGGCCAGGGAACCAGGAGGUUUUAUGAAAGAUUCGUUUCGCCAGUAUGUCUGGCCAAUUCUAUUACGAACUCACCAAGGAUACUAUAUUGAUGAAAAAGGCAGUGCCAAUGAUAUAGCUGAUCCUAUACAAAUAUCCAAAGACGUUGAACGAUCAUUAUAUUACUAUCCUCAAGAUAUUACACCUAACUUGAAGGCUCGCAAACAACAAGAAUUACAUCGUAUGAUUGUGGAAAUAUUAUGGCGAAAUCCUAGACUGAAAUAUUAUCAGGGUUUUCAUGAUAUAUGUACUGUAUUUUUAUUGGUACUUGGAAAAAGGGCGGGUAUUCCAGCAGCUGAAAAUGUGGCACUUUUCUUUACUAGAGAUGCGAUGCUUGAUUCGUUUGAUCCUAUAUCAAAACAAUUACGCUUGAUGAUGUCUAUUAUUGAAUAUGAAGAUACUGAAUUAAUGACUUUUAUGGAAAGGAAUAAUGUCAUGCCAUUCUAUGCUCUCAGUUGGGUUUUGACUUGGUUCAGUCAUGAUUUAACCGAUUUUAACAAAAUCACUCGACUCUUCGACCUGUUUAUUGCCAGCUCUGCCAUGAUGCCAUUAUAUGUAGCAAGUGCUAUUACAUUAAUUCGACGGGAUGAAUUACUUGGUGCUGAUCCAGAAUACUUACAUUCACUUAUGACUCACAUACCUGAAGAUAUUGAUAUAGAACGUACUAUUCAACUGGCUUGUCAUCUGGAAGCAAAUUAUUCAUCAUUAUAUCUUCAAAAACGUAGUGGGAUUUGGUUACAUGAUGAAUCAACUAUCAAUACAUGGGAACAUGAUUGGGAUGGUAAAAAGGUACCUGAUCGACUCAAGGCGGAUCAAUAUUUAGCAAAUGAUGUACCUGUGGAAGAAUGGGAAGAUGAACUACUGACAGAAUGGUUAACCAAAAGGAGGUGUUGUCUUGAUGAUGGCACUGAAUAGAUUAGAUUUGUUUUAUAGUUUUAACAAUAAAGCUCUCUUUUUUUUUUUUUU